GGUUUUCUUUUCGUUUGAAGACAGUUAAAAGUAACAAGAGACAGUAAUGCAUUUACAAUUUAGACGCUGUUAUUUAAUGUUGACCUCUUUCCAGUGGUGCACUGCACUGUGAUCUGACGUGAACAAGUUCUAUUGACAGUUUUUAAUGUGUGGACUUUUACUUUGAAAUAAAGUGAACAGUCGUUGUGGUGGCUCCCUUCAUGGCUUGAAGCGUCUUCUGGAGUCCUAGGUGAUUUUGUAGCUUAGUCUGUUUUAUGAGCUACUUACUUUUAAUUAAAGGGCUGAAAUGGCAGCCCCAGUACCUCCCGGAUCGAUCAUUGUAGCGGACUGGCACCGGAGCCCGGAGAGCAGAGAGUUUUUCAAAAAGAUACUGCACAAGAAGAAACGUCGGGAAUUUGGUCUCUUGGAGACACCAGUGAUGCCCCCUCAUUUGAAAGCAGACACAGUUCGUUACAAAGUGUUCAUCUCAGGUAAAAGUGGUGUGGGGAAGACCGCUCUGGCUGCCCGGCUUGCUGGCCAUCAUAUUCCAAACUUGCACUAUGAAACAACAGGCCUGGAGACAUCUGUGGUUUUUUGGCCUGUGAAGCUCAGAGAAAAUUGCCGUGUGCUGUUCUUUCACUUCCAACUUUGGGACUGUGGGGAGAAUGCCAUGCGCAGAUUCGACCACAUGCUACCGUCUUGCAAGGAGCAGGUGGAUGCCAUACUCUUCCUGUUCUCCUUCACUGACCAUGGCUCUUUUGAGGACAUCUCAAAUCAGAUGUCUCGGAUCACAGACCCCUCUGACAGAGUUGUCAGGUUUGUGGUCGGCACAAAAUUUGACUUGUUUAUGCACACAGAUGUGACAGAGAGUGAGAUCACACGGUUUCAGGAGGUUUGGGGUGUGCCAGUCUUCCGUGUGGGAGGUGAUGUGAGCGGGGGGUUUGGCGAGAUUGCGCCCCUACUAAAUGCCUUGGCAGAAAACCUGUGGCACCAGGACUGUGUUCACGCUUCCUCCGCCUCUCUACCCCACGUUUGUCACCCAGAGGAUACAAGCCGAGAGGUGAUUGUGUAGCUGCUUGGCUGAACUUCAUAAGGACUGUCUUUUUUUAUGCUUGCUUGUUUUUUUCAUAAAAAUUGUCAUGUUUUCAUACUUAAUGGGAGAUGCUGUGAUCACAUCAGACUGUAUAACCCUAACAAUACAAGCUGAAGGACUUGGAAAAACAACUCAAAGCUAUAUUCACAUCUUCUUUCUGAAUGCCCUGUGUAGUAUAACGUCUCAAUAUAGAUCAUUGAUGUUUAUAACUGCAGAAAGUCAGAUUUUGUCAGUGAUCCGAUCAACAUGUUUAUAUGCACUUGAGUGUUGAGUAAUCAGAUAAUGGGGAAACUCUGAGUCUGCAUUAGUCAGGCAGUAAUCAGAUUUGUGCUUUGCAACCUGUCAAUAAACUCACAGAAGAAAAUGUGACAUAACCAUGCAGCUAAAAAAAUUACACCCAUUUAAAUGAAAAUAUGUACGCACAUCAUCUAGAAGAUGAAGAAUACGUAAAUACUUAAUUUCAUCGAGAAUGUAGUUGGCUUCAAUGUCGCUCUAAGGCACCAGUGUGUCAAACUGAGGGGAUUGUUGCAGAACAGUGAAUUCAGUACUGUUUUACUCUAUUUUGACUAUAAAAACAGAAGAGCAAAUAUCACAUUAAUAUUUAAAUGUAUAUAAAUUACAUGAUAUAAGUAGUUUUGUUUAAUAUGUGUAUAAAACCUUUGUUUAAAACCAAA